AUGUCAGCGCUACCCUUCUUUAGACCGCCCCCAUACCCAAAUCGCCUUGUGACAGGGAGCAAAUGCGCCCAUGAGGCCGAGUUUUUCCUUCCACAGACGUUUGGUAACUUCCCAGCUAGUGCGAAGUUUAAGGGCCCGUCAUCCUGGCAUGAAUUCGACCAAGUCCGACUCACAAUCGCCCAAAAUGUCGUACUGGAAAGGAUAGUCGAGGCAGCCAACGAGGCCAGAAGCCUCAACUGCCUUAUGGCUGAUGUCUCUCUAUGUUUCCGUCAAAGCUUCGACGUUAUGUUCUCUGGUCACGGGCUUGUCACAUUUUGCCAGAUUCGACCUGAGUACUCUCAGGAGGUUGAUCGCAUCAGCGAUGAGCUUGCUCGACUCGUUUUGGGUCCAGUGAGUGCACAAUAUCAACUUACUCUCCAUUGGACAGCGAUUUAUGAUCGGGUAACCCAGCAGUUCGACCACUUGCAGACUGAAUGCAGCAAAUAUUUGCAUAAGCUCAGAACUAUGAUGCAGGAUUCUCUGCUUAUCCAGUACGCUGACGCGAACGCAGUCUUCAAGGAGUGGUGGAUGGACCGCUUUGACGAAGUCAACAAGCACGAGCGACUCCUUCAGAAUUCUGACGUGAUAAUUCAGCCGACCGUCAGGAAUGUCCUUGCGGAUAUCAGUCGACAGGUUCCAGCAGGCGAGGGAGUACAGAUCAUCACGAAAAUGGAUGGUGUCUAUCAUGUCGUGUGCACUUUGGCUACCAAUGUUGUACUGCUUGCUGAUGAAGGUGAGCUUCUCGCGGAAAUCGAACGGAGAUCGAGUGCGCCUGAGGUAGGCUUGCUAUUCGAGAACCUGACACUGAAUACUCGCAACAACAACUCCUCCAUGAGCCUUGUGUAA